UUUGUUUUUUUUUUUUUUUUUUUUUUUGUUUCUUGCUCAUCUUAUUUUAUUUGAGAUCUUUUUCAUGUCAUCCUCCUCCUCCUCUUCUUCUUCUUCUUCUUCUUCUUUUUUCUUGCUGGGACGUUUUCUCCAUUUCCAUUUCCCACUUGGUAUAAUAUCGUCUGUUUUGUCUGUUGUGUCAAGCAAGGAGUGGGCAGGAAUCUGGAGUUCUUGAUGGCCUUUUUCUUCUUCUUCUUCUUCUUCUUCUUCUUCUUCUCUUUUCUUCCCGUCUUCCUACAGAUAUCUGCACCUGCCCAUGCACAUUUUUUCUUAGAGGAGUCGAGCUUUUUCUAUCUCUGUUUGUACCUACGUACUACUAAGCGAGUGCUGGUUUCGUUUCGGUCUGAUCGAGACUGAUAUUGAUUGAUGGAGCAGUGAGUGGUCGGUCCUUGCUGGCAACGACUUGGAAAGAUAGAUAUCUGAAUGCGAGUUGCUCAUUGAUCCUGUCAAUGAUAGUUGAUAGCACAUUCCUAAUGCUAGUUAGUUGGUUC